AUGGAACCUUCUGGUCUCUUUCUUCCCCAGCUGCCUGCAGGGAGCCUGCAGCUCACUCUCUACCAGUACAAAACAUGUCCUUUCUGCAGCAAAGUCAGAGCUUUUCUUGAUUAUCAUGGACUACCCUAUGAAAUUGUGGAAGUGAACCCAAUAAUGAGGAAAGAGAUCAAAUUCUCUUCCUACAGAAAGGUGCCCAUCCUGCUAGCCAAUGCUGGGAGCCCUCUGCAACUGAAUGACUCCUCAGUGAUCAUCAGUGCAAUAAAGACCUAUCUUAUUUCCAGGAGGAACAGCUUGGAAGAGAUUGUGUCCUUUUAUCCUCCUGUUAAAACUGUGAAUGAUAAAGGCAAGGAGGUGUUUGAGUAUGAGAAUAAAUACUGGCUGAUGCUGGAUGAGAAGGAGACAAAGAGAGUCUAUCCUGUCAAAGAAGUCAGAGUGGAAGAGAUGAAGUGGAGAAAAUGGGCAGAUGAUUGGCUUGUUCACCUCAUCUCCCCCAAUGUUUACCGUACCCCCAGAGAAGCUUUGGCAUCUUUUGAUUACAUUGUCCGUGAGGGGAAGUUUGGCACCAUGGAAGGUCUCUUUGCCAAGUACAUGGGUGCUGUGGCCAUGUUCUUCGUUAGCAAGAUGCUGAAGAAAAGACACAACCUUCGAGAGGAUGUCCGAGAAGACUUGUACGAAGCAGUUAAUGAGUGGGUAAAAGCUGUUGGCAAACACAGACUGUUCAUGGGUGGGAACCAGCCAAACCUUGCUGACCUGGCAGUGUACGGGGUCCUCCGGGUCAUGGAAGGGCUGGAAGCCUUCGAUGACAUGAUGGUUCACACCAAGAUUCAGCCUUGGUACCAGCGCAUGGAAGAAGUCAUUCAAAAAACUGGAGCUGCAGUGUGAUGCCAGCUGCAGCUGCCUCCCUGAAUACUUGCAUGGUGAAAAACUUCAGAAGAAAUGGCUUUUAAUUUUAGAGUUGAGAGGACUGGUC